AUGCCGGGAUGGAGCGAGGCUUCCUGGACGCUCGUAAUCCACGCGCUCGCGACGCAGGGCCACUUGGAUCUCGCGACGAGCAUGAAAGAUCGAUUUGGAUUCAAGAGCGCCGCGAUCUCUAGCAUCCUCGUCAUGGCACACGCUAGCGAGGGAAAUCUCUCGCGGGCUAGAACGGCAUUCGAGGAGCUGGCUGCUCCAGAUCUAGCAGCGUGCAAUGUGAUGAUCGCGGCAUUCGCACAGAAUCGAGACCACAUCGGCGCCAAGAAUCUCUUCGAGAGGAUGGGAGAAAGAAACAUCGUUUCUUGGAAUUCUUUGAUCACCGCGCACGCCAAGAACGCCGAGCCCGAGCUCGCGAGAGCUGUUCUUGGCAAGAUGCCGCAGCACGACAUCGUCUCCUCCACCGCCGCGAUGCUUGGCUACGCUUACACCGGCGAUAUGUCCUCCGCCAUAGCGCUCUUCCUGGCGAUGCCGCAAAGGAAUCUCAUCUCUUGGAACACACUCGUCUCCGCCUAUGGUCACAGCGCGAGCGUGGAAGGCGCCGAGGAUUCCUUCGCGAGGAUGCCGAAGUGGAGCAUUUCGUCGUGGAUUGGAUUGAUCAUCGGCUACUGCCAAGGCGGCCGGAUCCAAUCUGCCCUGGCCGUCUUCCGCGAUCUUCCAGCGAAGAACACCUCGGCUUGCAACGCGAUGCUCACGGGAUUGUGCCUCAACGCUGUGAUGGACGAGGCGCUGGCGCUGUUCUUGGCGAUUCCUGCCAGGGACGUGAUCUCCUGGAGCGCGAUCGUCACCGGCUUCCUCCAGAGCGGCGACGCUCGAUCGGCGAUGAAAUAUUUCUUGCUCAUGGAUCUUGAUGGAAUCAAGCCCGACGAGAUGGCCUUCUUGGUGGCGAUCGAUUCGUGUGGCGCUGCAUCGGAUCUAGCUCGCGGCCGGUUCCUCCACGCUGAGAUUGACGCUGCUGGCUACGAUUCCAGCUCCACGGUCGCGAAUUCGCUGGUCGGGAUGUAUGGCAAGUGUGGAAAUCUCCAAGAAGCAAGGCGGCUAUUCGAUCGCGGGGGUGCCAGGCGGAGCUCCGGGCUGUGGAACACGAUGAUCUCUUGCUACUCCCAGGCCGGAUUUGUGAGGGAGGCGCUGGAUCUACUCCAUGCGAUGGAGCAAGAUGGAACAAUCCCGACGGCCGUGACCUACAUCGCGGCGCUCAGCGCUUGCAGCCAUAUGGGGCUCGUGGAGCUGGGGACGCAUCACUUCACGGCGAUGAGUGAGAGCUAUGGAAUCGCACCCGCGGCCGAGCACUACGCUUGCAUGAUCGAUCUGCUCAGCCGAGCCGGAAUUCUCGAGAGCGCCGAGGAAUUCGUGGAGAGAAUGCCAGUGGCGCCGGAUGGAAUCGCGUGGACGGCGUUGUUGGGCGCUUGCAAGAGCCAUGGGGGCGUCGAUGCGGCGGAGAGAGUGGCGGAGAGAGCGCUCCAAAAGGGCGGGCAGUGGGCGUCGUCCUACAUUCUCCUCUCCAACUUGCAAGCUUGUUCUUGA